AUGUCAGAGAGUUCAAGGCCUUAUCGAUCCCACCGCUAUCCGGCAUGUGACAUCUGCCGACGCCGGAAAACACGAUGCAUAAGGAAUCUCGAUGACCAAGCCUGCCAUUUUUGCCGGCAACAUGACCUUAGUUGCCAUGUGAGCAGCAGCAACAACACCAGUGUCCCUGAUAGUGGGGAUCGACGCACCCCCCGUUCGAAACGGACACCAAGUUCUCGACAACGGUUUGUAACGCAAGGGCCAGUGGCGCAACACCACCCAGACUUCGUCGUUGACGACAGCACUGACUCAAGUCGCAACGAUGGCGACGGCGUUGGUGGAGACGCCCAUACCCACUCAGGGCAUAUCAUUGGCCCCGUGGCAGCUCCUGAUGUGCAAGUACUGGAACAGUACAUGUCGCCUUCAGCUGCUAUGCCAAUAUCACACGCACGACCAAACCCUUACACGGUAUACUCUAGCGACUUCCGAAAUCCUAUUGUUUACCUGAAGGUUCCUCGCCAUCGUGUGCCUAGCUCUAAAGGCAAUGGAUCCGCAGGCUUCAGACAAUACGAAUCUGUGGAGAAAAUUCUAGAACCUCAUGGAGCUGAUGUGGUAGACCUCUUCUUUCAGUCUUUCCAUCCAGCCUUUCCCGUUCUGGAUGAAAAGACGGUUCUGGACUCAUACCGUAAGAAGGGUUUACCCCAUGUCCUUGUUUGCGAGAUCUAUGCCGCAGCAAUGAUCUCAUGGCAGACAUCAUCCAAACUUGUGGAUGCUCGACCGACUCGACCAGACAUCAAGUAUGUCUGGAACAAGACCGUAGAGGCGCUCAACGAGGAAUUUCUGGCUCCAGGGUUUUCGACUGUCUUGUCUUGUAUAUUGGACCUGACAGGGCGCCCCACAACUUCAAUGACAUACAAUGCUAUCAACAUCGGUCGGGCUGUUGCGUUGUCUCAAAGUUUGGGGCUCAAUCGGGAUCCAACGUCUUGGAGUCUCGAUCAAAGGCAGAAAGCGCUCCGAAUAAGGACGUGGUGGGGAGUGUUGAUCCAUGAUUGGUGGGCUAGUCUAGCACAUGGGACGCCACCCCAUGUACACCCGAGGCAAUUCGAUGUCCCCAUCCCAGAUGUGGCUGCUUUGAUCAUAGGAGGCAGAAAUGUCGAUCGGCCAUCCAGUGUCCGCAGAAUGGGAGCGCAAAGCUUUCGGGCCUUGUGCCAGCUUACUGAGAUCUUGGGGGACAUCCUGCCUUUCAUAUACGACAUAAAAGGCAGAGCCCAGGAAAGUCAAACUCGAUCAUUGAAACGAGUCGAAGCCGCAUUAGAAGAUUGGGAGGCUAACUUGCCCGAUGUGCUGAACGCAAGAAAUCCAGACUUUCAGAGAGAGCAUCCUGGCGCGCUCAACCUAGAACUGUCUUUUCUCGCAGUCAAGAUGUGCAUUUCUAGAGUCUCUUUACUCGAAUCGAGUAAACCUGAUUAUGAGAGAGAUCCGGAGAUCCCUCAGUAUCUGCAGCUUCAGUGCCGGCGUGCUGCAAGGGCGAUUGUGACCUUCACAAUAUCGCUUCGUGGAGAAGACUUUUCCACCUUUUGGUUGCCAUAUACUGCGUAUCACUUCACCUCUGCGACAACUCUGAUACUUCGCUGUGGUCUCGAGGCUGCCAAUGAUGAUAUUACUAAAGAGUGCAUAUCGUCGGCUCGAAAGCUCGUCGCGCACCUUCGGGCAGCCAAGGCCGAGGUAAAUUGGGAUUUGGGGGAUAUCUGCCUCUCGCAAUGCGGACGAGUGGUGCAAAUGUUGAAGGACAAACAGUACCCUCGAAGCAAGCGCGAUCGUGAUGGUGCAAGCAGAACGAGCAGACACACCGAGCCUUCCCAGCCUAUAAAGGAGCCUUGUGUCAUCGUCCCACAGGGAACGGAUGCCAACCAGCAGGCAUCGACCUAUGGCAUGGAUAUGGUAGUGCAACCAGAUCCACUUGAUCCAAUCAGCAAUAACAACACAAGGGCGCAUAUGUCCGGUGGCAUCAACGUGCAGGACGAUGUUACAAUGCUGGAGCCGUGGGACCCUUUCUCGCUAUUGACGAUCCCAGAUCUUUGGGACACGACUGACCUCGAUGAGUAUACCGAGUUUACGAUGUGA